UGAACCGACAAGGGCAACACUUAUGUUUGCCUUGAAAAAUGAAGUUGAUGAACUGGUGAAAACCCUCCAGAUCUUUCAGGAGAAGCACAUCAGCCUUGUUCGUAUAGAGUCCAGAAAGUCGAAGAGGAGAGAUUCAGAAGUUGAGGUACUUGUAGACUGCAGCAGCACCAAAGAAGAUUUUAAGGAGCUGAUUCAGUUACUAAGGGCCCAUGCAAAGAUUGUUUCAUUGAAUCUACUGACCAGUAACUGGAUUGAGGAGGAAGAGAUGAGUGAAAUUGUCUGGUUUCCAAAAAAGCUUUCCGAAUUAGAUACGAGUUCCCAGAGAGUCCUGAUGUAUGGUUCAGAGCUCGAUGCAGACCAUCCAGGUUUUAAAGAUAAUGUCUACAGAGGGCGAAGAAAGUAUUUCGUGGAUGUUGCCAUGAAUUACAAAAUUGGCCAGCCUAUUCCUAGAGUUGAAUAUACCGAAGAAGAAGUUCGAACCUGGGGAAUGGUGUUCAGAGAGCUGACAAAGCUUUAUCCAACUCACGCAUGCCAAGAGUACCUGAAGAAUUUCCCCCUCCUAACCAAGUACUGUGGCUACAGAGAGGAUAAUAUCCCUCAACUGGAAGACGUGUCUGCAUUUUUGAAAGAACGAUCAGGCUUUGUGCUGCGGCCAGUGGCUGGAUAUUUGUCCCCAAGAGACUUCUUAGCUGGACUAGCUUUCCGGGUUUUCCACUGCACCCAGUACGUGCGCCACGGAUCCGAUCCUUUCUACACUCCAGAGCCGGAUACGUGUCAUGAGCUGCUGGGACAUGUCCCCCUGCUGGCAGAGCCGAGUUUUGCAGAGUUUUCGCAAGAACUGGGUCUUGUGUCCCUCGCUGCAUCAGAUGAAGAUGUGCAGAAGUUAGCCACUUGCUAUUUCUUUACUGUUGAGUUUGGGCUGUGUAAGCAAGAAGGACACCUACGGGCUUAUGGUGCAGGACUUCUAUCUUCUAUCGGGGAGCUAAAGCAUGCCUUGUCGGACAAAGCUAUCGUUAAAACCUUUGAUCCAAAGACAACCUGUACCCAGGAGUGUCUCAUCACCACCUUCCAGGAAGCCUAUUUUUUGUCAGAAAGCUUUGAGGAGGCCAAGGAGAAAAUGAGGCAAUUCAUAGGGUCAGUCAAGCGCCCAUUUUCUAUACACUAUGAUCCAUAUACCCAGAGCAUUGAGGUGCUGAAAGAUACCAGAAGCAUUGAGAAGAUUGUUCAGCACAUCCGGAGUGACAUCACCACCGUGUGUGAUACUCUGUCAAAGAUGAACAAAGACUUUGCGUUUUAAUGAGUGUGCACACAGAUUUCAUAUCCAUUUUGGUGUAAACACGGCUAGCGGAAAUGACACUGAAUCCUGUGAUGUAACCUGUUUGCAGAAAUCGUAGUAACUUGUUUGGAUGUUCUACCAAAGUUUCAUCUACACUAGGAUGUAUUCCACACCACCAAGACACAAAAGAAUAUACUGGAAAACUCAAUCAAUUCUGUUAAUUUAACAAAAAUUGUAUGAAAUUAUGACGCUAUCUCACUGCUCAAAGUUUGAUCACAGAAUAUCAGCAUCUUGUGUAGUUUUAUUUGAGAGAGAAUGCAUUUCAU